CAUGGGAGCAAACGAUAGGAUCCGCAACAUGCGUAUCUCCUCCUUUGUACAUAUGCAACCGGGAACGACAGCUGGUGUGGUUGCGUGAGAGCGUGUGAUGAAUAUGAAUGACCGGGGAGCACCACCGAGCCUGAGUCAACAGCUGAUACCGGACAUGCGCGUUGCACAUCGGGAACCGUAACCGAAGCGCUUAAAGCCUCGAGGGCGGUACAUUUACAAAGGCGAGGAGGACGGACAGGCUGAAAGCGUGGCGGAAUUCGGAAAAUAUCGACAAGUAGGGUAAUGACCGCUCGCGAGGCUAGAUGGUCUGUGGGCGUAGCAUGCUUCGCUGACGGUGUGGGAAAGAAAUCAAAGCGCUGCAAAGGCCGAUACCCUAGGACAACGAGCUCGCGACGUACAUGAACAUGCACUUCGUCGCAUUCAUAAUUUCAACAGUUCAGCCCAGCAAUGGAUUGAAGAACAGAAAGGGUAGAGGUGCUUACGGGAAUCGCGGCAAUCGUUGCCCAGGUGUCGACCAUACGGGGAGUUGCAGAAUUAACGGCAGACGUUAUGCGCGGGAAUUUGAGGGCUCGAGGGGAAGAGCAAGCAGCAGGAAGGGCAUAUGUGCCAGAGACUUGAGGACAGUGAAGACAAAGUGCAGCGAGUGUGCGAUCCAGUCGAUCAUCACAGCAUAUGAAGCAGGAUGUACGAAAGAAACUAGUCGAGUGCACCGCCUUUCUUAUCUACGCCCACAGCUUAGAGUCUUAUAGAAGGAGGGAGAGAAGGUGCUCCUCGGUCCAGAAACGACGGUGAUUUGACCGACACAUAAGUACUGAGACUUUCGGAAAUAGUCUCGAGCGGACUCAAAGAACCAAUACAAGGCCAACGAGACAUUUGAAAGAGCUUGCAACGCAAUCUGAAG